AUGUGCAAAGCAUUUGACAAUGUUUUUAUUAUGACUGAGGGAGUCACGGUGUAUGGAGGGCCAUACAGAGACGUUCUUUUUGAGUGUCUUGAUAGGGAAGGAAUGGAGUUACAGGAGCAUGAGGCGAAUGAUGAUCCGGUUAGAAUUGCAUAUACUGAGAGCAUAAGCAAAACUGGAAUUGCUAUGCCUGAUUAUAUUACAUCGAUUACGUCUAAGGAUGAGUCGCAUUAUCAGAAUGAGGAUCUGCAAAGGCAGAAGGAUGUGAUACAAAAGGUGAUUAAUGCCAAGAGGAAGAAAGAAAAUAAAAGAGCAGAAGAGUAUGCGACAGUAAGCAAUACAAAGGAUUAUAACUAUGACAUGAUGCCUAGGAUAUCACAUAUUUGGAGCAAUGCUGUGUAUGGGACGAAGACAUAUUUGAUUAAUGCAACAGCAGGGAUAAGGUGA